CACUAGUCACUACCCCACUCCCCAGUUUAAACUUUAAACUUUAAGCAACCGAUAUAAAACUAUAUAACUCCAUAAAUGCUCUUCAUCUUCUCUAUAAUAAUACUUCACCUUUCCUAGUUUCAUACGAAAAAACAAAAGAGGAGAAAGAGAAAAAGAAUAUGGGUUUUGGGAAGAAAGAAUACCAAUUUUUGGAAGAAAUUGAUAUUAGCACUCGUAAUAUAGGGUGUUAUGUGAGUGGAAAAUGGAAGGCUAAUGGUUCUGUCAUCUCUACUGUCAAUCCUGCUACCAAUCAGCCAAUUGCCGAAGUUGUGGAGGGUUCUCUGGAAGAUUAUGAGGAAGGCUUGAAAGCUUGUGCGGAAGCUUCAAAGAUGUGGAUGCAGAUGCCUGCUCCAAAAAGAGGUGAUAUUGUUAGACAGAUUGGUGAUGCUUUGAGAGUUAAGCUCGAGCAGCUCGGACGGUUAGUGUCACUCGAGAUGGGAAAGAUACUGCCUGAAGGGAUAGGAGAGGUUCAGGAGAUUAUUGAUAUGUGUGACUUUGCUGUGGGCUUGAGUCGACAACUAAAUGGCUCAAUUAUUCCUUCAGAACGUCCUAAUCAUGCAAUGCUGGAGGUUUGGAAUCCCCUGGGGAUAGUGGGUGUAAUCACAGCAUUCAAUUUUCCAUCUGCUGUUCUCGGUUGGAAUGCCUGCAUUGCACUAGUCUGUGGCAACUGUGUUGUCUGGAAAGGUGCCCCCACAACUCCUUUGGUCACUAUUGCGAUGACGAAGAUUAUAGCUGGUGUCUUAGAGAAGAAUAAUUUGCCAGGAGCAAUUUUCACCUCCCUUUGUGGUGGGGCUGAGAUUGGCCAAGCAAUUGCAAAUGAUAAACGCAUUCCACUUGUUUCAUUUACAGGAAGUUCUAAGGUUGGCAUGAUGGUUCAACAGACUGUGAAUCAAAGAUUUGGAAAAUGCUUGCUUGAAUUAAGUGGAAAUAAUGCUAUAAUUGUCAUGGAUGAUGCUGAUAUUAAGUUGGCUGCACGUUCUGUUCUCUUUGCGGCUGUUGGUACAGCUGGUCAGCGCUGUACAACUUGUCGUAGACUGUUGCUUCAUGAAAGCAUAUACGAGAAGGUACUUGAGCAAUUGCUUGAUGUAUACAAACAAGUGAAGAUAGGGGAUCCACUGGAAAAUGGUACCUUACUUGGGCCAUUGCAUACUAAAGCAUCAAGAGAUAACUUCGUGAAGGGAAUUGAGGUCAUAAAGUCUCAGGGAGGUAAAAUCCUUACUGGUGGUUCAGCUAUAGAAUCUGAAGGAAACUUUGUUCAGCCUACUAUAGUUGAGAUUUCUCCUGAUGCUGAUGUAGUAAAAGAAGAGUUGUUUGCUCCUGUACUUUAUGUUAUGAAAUUCAAGACUCUUGAAGAAGCAAUAGAAAUAAACAACUCUGUUCCCCAAGGAUUAAGUAGCUCUAUCUUUACUCAAAGACCUGGAGCUAUCUUUAAAUGGAUUGGGCCACUUGGAAGUGAUUGUGGCAUUGUAAAUGUAAACAUACCCACAAAUGGUGCUGAAAUUGGAGGUGCUUUUGGGGGUGAAAAGGCAACUGGAGGUGGCAGGGAAGCAGGAAGCGACUCUUGGAAGCAAUACAUGAGACGUGCUACAUGUACGAUUAAUUAUGGGAACGAAUUACCGCUUGCACAGGGGAUCAACUUCGGCUAAAGAUCAUACAUCCAAGGGCAGUAACUGUUCUCACUGCUUGAACAACAACAAUGGAGGCGCUUUGCUUGCAUCAUAUAGCGGGGGAAAAAAAUCUUGAUUAAGCUGAUAUUAAUGUACCUUGAUGAAUCAUAAUUCAACUCGUUUUCCCCAUAAUGAAAUAAAGAAAUUGUUUUGGAUUU